AAGGCGUUAAAAGGUGGUGGGAGGGGGAAAAAGCAAAAUCGUUUUCAAGUAAACAGUGGAGAAAGAGUGUGUCAACGUGACAUAAAUGCAACUGCCACUCUUUUCAUUCAGAUGCAGAUGCAGAUGCACCAAUUCCAAUUCCAAUUCCAAUUCCUCUCCUCGCUAGGGUUCCCCUUUUCUUCUUCUUCUCCUCUCUUUUCCAUUUCCUUUCAUUCGCUCUAUCUGGAGGAACGCCAACAACAAUACAAAAUGGAUUCCUGACACACAUUCUAUUCUCAUUUUUCCUUUUUUUUUAAUAUUUGUUUAAGAAGACCGCAUUUGUUUCUCUCUCUCCUCUCUCGCAUCACAUUCGAUGAGUGAUACCAAGGUGAGAAGUGGGUUUUGCGUGUGGCCUGAUGUGAGACAACUUUGCCUAAGAAAGGGUCUUCUAUAUGGAUUUAUGCGAUUAUUUUCUAUUCCAUUAAAAACAUUGCGAGGAGCUAGUCGGUCGUUGAGGGUAGAUCAAUUUUGCAGUGUAGUGAAUCUUUCUUCCUCGUUGCAGAUAGAGUUGAUUCCAUGCCUCAGGGACAAUUAUGCAUAUCUUUUAUAUGAUGUGGACACGGGGACAGUUGGUGUUGUUGAUCCUUCUGAAGCUGCGCCUAUCAUAGAUGCGUUGAGCAAGAAAAAUCUAAAUUUGACAUACAUUCUGAACACCCACCACCAUCAUGAUCACACUGGUGGAAAUGCAGAGUUGAAAGAAAGGUAUGGGGCAAAGGUAAUUGGUUCAGAAAUUGACAAGGAAAUAAUUCCUGGUAUGGAUAUCUCUUUGAGUGAUGGAGAUAAGUGGAUGUUUGCAGGCCACGAGGUGCAUAUAAUGGCAACACCUGGUCAUACUCAAGGCCAUGUGAGCUUCUAUUUUCCUGGAUCUGGGGCAAUUUUUACUGGAGACACCUUGUUCAGCUUAUCAUGUGGCAAACUCUUUGAAGGAACUCCUGAACAGAUGCUAUCAUCUCUUAAAAAGAUCAUGUCUUUACCAGACAAUACAAGUAUUUACGCUGGUCAUGAAUAUACAAUGAGUAAUUCAAAGUUUGCAUUGUCUAUAGAACCUGAAAACGAGGAACUUCAAUCCUAUGCUGCCCAUGUAACUCACCUUAGAAAUAAGGGUCUGCCCUCGAUUCCAACUACGCUUAAAAUGGAAAAGGCUUGCAAUCCAUUUCUUCGCACAUGGAGCAUAGAAAUCCGGCAAAAACUAAAUAUUGCCUUCACAGCUGAUGAUGCUGAAGUGCUGGGUGUUAUUUGGCAAGCAAAGGAUAAUUUUUAGAAAUUUUUAAUUAAAAAUUGAAAAUUCUAAAGGUCCUUAAUCUGUAUAGAUUAGGUUAAUGAAUCCAUUCAUGGAAUAAUAUUUACUUCGUGGUAUCGUAAUAUAAAUUUUUAAUCUUCUUUUUGAGUUCAUUUGAGAAGAUGUAAAUUAGAUUUCAGUUUUGUUGGCAUGAUGGGAGUCGAAAUCUUGAUGCAUGGAAGACGCUCCUCGUAACCGAGACACUCACCUCAUGUUAGCAUAUGCAUUGUUGAGAAUGACGGAGAAAGUUUUAUUCUGAACCAUCGCACUUCAGUGACAAUUUUUUUCAAUAUUUGAAAGAGACUUGUUUGUAGCGGUGGCUUUAUCAAUAAU